CGGCACAGCCAGCGGAGAAGGCGCUCGUCCAAUGACUUCAGUACGGGCUGCAGGGUACUCGAGCCGGGGACGAGCCGGGAUGACGGCGGGACCGACCUUCGACCCGUUCAAUCAAGCUGGUCGCUCCGGGGCCGCUGGCCUCGACAAGCCCCAGGAAACACUGCCCGAGGAGCAGAUCAAGGUGCUCGAGAAGAAAGUCGCGGCCCUGAUCGAGGAGAGCACGAUCGCCGCCUCCAAAGGGGAUCUGCAGGCGGCCCUAGAGAAGGCCAAGGACGCUGGCAAGAAGGAGCGCCACCUCUCCAAGCAGCGAGAGCAAGCCAACCUCACCGACCAAAUGAACCUCGACCUCACCUACUGUGUCCUUUUCAAUCUCGCCAACCAGUACCACGCCAACAAGAUGUACCAGGAAGCCCUCAACUCCUACGGCGUCAUUGUCAAGAACAAGCUCUUCAACCAGUCCGGCCGGCUGCGUGUCAACAUGGGCAACAUCUAUUUCGAGCAGAAAAAGUACUCGCAAGCCGUCAAGAUGUACCGCAUGGCGCUGGACCAGAUCCCAAACACCAACAAGGACAUCCGGCUCAAGAUCAUGCGCAACAUCGGCAACGCCUUUGUCAAGAUGGGCCAGUUCCAGGACGCCAUCACUUCGUUUGAGGCCAUCAUGGAAGGCAACCCUGACUUUCACACCGGGUUCAAUCUUGUUCUAUGCUACUUUGCCCUCGGGGACCGUGACCGCAUGAAGAAAGGCUUCCAGCGACUGAUAUCAAUCCGUCCACCGACAGUCGAGCAGUUCGACGACACGGUACCGAGCUCAACCGACGAGCCGAUCGAAGACCACGAGGUCUUCAACCAGGAUAGCCUGAGGGCGAUAUCGCGCGAGAGGAAGAAGGCUGCAGAGCGGUACAUUGUCCUGGCAGCCAAGCUGAUUGCACCCAACAUCGAGAUGACGUUUUCGAUGGGAUACGACUGGAUCGUCGAAACCAUCAAGAACUCUCCUCAUGCAGAGAUCGCAAGCGAACUCGAGAUUGCCAAGGCCAUCCAGUUCCUGAAGACCAAAGAGUUCCAGAAAGCAAUCGAGGCAUUAAAGGCAUUUGAGAAAAAGGACCAGAAACUCGUCGGCACAGCUGCGACAAAUCUGGCGUUCCUGUACUUCCUUGAGGGUGACUACAAGCAAGCAGAAAAGUACGCUGAUAUCGCCGUGAACACCGAUCGAUACAAUGCCAAAGCGCAAACCAACCGGGGGAACUGCCACUACGUCAAAGUCAACUUUGAGAAGGCCAAGGAGCACUACAUGGAGGCCGUCAGCGUCGACGCUGUGUGCACCGAAGCCAUGUACAACUUGGGGCUCGUGUGCAAGAAAAUGGGGUCAUACAGCGAAGGGCUGCAGUGGUUCGAGAAGCUGCACGGCAUCCUCCGGAACAGCGCUGAAACCAUAUACCAGAUCGCGGACAUCUAUGAUAAGCAGGGCAACCUCCAGCAAGCCAUGGAGUGGUUCAAUAUUUUGAUAUCUGUUGUGCCCACAGACCCGGGCGUGCUUGCUCGGCUCGGGGAUAUGUUUGUGCGAGAAGGCGACAAGUCGCAGGCAUUCCAGUAUUUCUCCGAGUCGUACCGAUACUUCCCAUCGAACAUGGAUGUGAUCUCGUGGCUCGGAGCCUACUAUGUGGACUGCGAAGUGUAUGAACAGGCCGUCCAGUUCUUUGAGAAGGCCGCGGUGAUCCAGCCGCAGGAGGUCAAGUGGCAGCUCAUGAUUGCGAGCUGCUAUCGACGCAGCGGAAACUACCAACAAGCGUUCGAAAACUACAAGAGGAUCCACGAGAAGUUCCCCGAGAACACCGAGUGCCUUCGGUUCCUGGUGCGCAUCUGCACCGACCUUGGCAUGAAGGAAGUCCAUGAGUAUGCAGCCAAGCUCUCGCGUGCGGAGAAGGCCCAACAAGCAAAGCUCGCCGGCCAGUCGGGAGGAUCCGCUGGAGCCGAGAUAGACGGAGCAGUCAGGAAUGCCGCCGCUAAUGAUGGCAGGCCAGAUGGCCUCGAAGCCGAUGCCGGCGACCCGCGGUUCUCAACGGCGAGCAGUCGCAUCUCUGUCGGGCUCGACAACUCGGCGUAUGGACGUCUCAAGGGUGGAACAUCGAGUUCCAAGGAGGUGAUGUCUUAUGAACUGGCUGAGAGAAUAGAUCCCAAUCGACCCAAGACUGGGAAGAAGAAACAGCUGGAGGAGGAAGAGUGGCACGAAGACGUGGAUAUGCUUCUUCCCGAAUAGCCGGUACCACCGCCGCCCGGCACGCACUCUCUGUCCAGCGGGAGAUUCGCCAUGCACCCUUGAGAUGGCGCAUUUCGGAUCAUGAAUAUAGC